AUGAUCCAGCAGGUAGGCUCUCUUCUUGGCGGGGAGAAGAAGAUUGCUGCGAAUGGAGAGGUGUCAGCUGCAGCAGCACAACUGCGGAUGUGGUCAAGCUCAGCCCCCGCAACACCAACACGUCUCCAACGUGGAGUGAUAAGUUCUUCUUUGCUUCAGUUGAAGUACUUGAGGCAUCUAGACUUGAGCAUGAACAAUUUUGUUGGGGCUCAAGUUCCUCAUUUCCUUGGCUCUUUUUCAAGAUUGACAUAUCACAAUCUUUCUACUGCUUCUUUUAGUGGUAGGAUACCUCAAAGUCUUGGGAAUCUUUCUGCCUUGCAGUAUUUAGACCAAAGUUUAUACACCUCAGAAUCUGUUGCAAAUGAUCUGCACUGGCUACCCGGCCUCUCUUCGUUGAAAUACCUAAAUCUGAAAGGCGUUGAUCUUCACUCCACUUCGUCUCACUGGCUCAAAGCUGUGAACACCCUGCCUUCUCUCUUGGAGCUUCAUCUGCCACAGUGUCAGCUCAUUGAUCCUCCACCUACUGUCCCAUCCCUCAACUUUACAUCCCUUUUGGUUCUUGACCUUUCAGGUAAUCUGUUCAACUCCACACUGCCAAAGUGGAUGUUCAAUCUAACUAGACUCAAGAGUCUUGAUCUGAAUGCAAAUAACCUAUAUGGGGCUCUGCCAGAUGCAUUUUCUGAGCUCACUUCACUUGAAAAACUCAAUGGUGGUGUAACGGAGUUCGUCAAUGGGCUAUCUAGAUGCUCAGAUAGCAAGUUGAUGAGCCUAAGUUUGGGAUCUAAUGAAUUUGAUGGCAAUCUUCCCACCACAUUAGGCCAACUCAAAAGGCUGAGGUAUCUCAUUCUUUCGCAAAACUCAUUCACGGAUUCAAUUCCACAAACAAUUGGAAAUUUAUCAUCAUUGGAGUUGCUUUCCCUCAAAGACAAUGAGAUGAGUGGGAACAUUCCAGAGAGCUUUCGGCAGCUUAACUCCCUCAACUCAUUCGACAUGUCUCUCAACUCAUGGGAAGGUGUCGUCACAGAAGCCCAUCUUGCCAAUCUCUCGAGCUUGAGGGAGAUCUCCACUGGCAGAUUCUCCUCUAACAUUUCCCUCAUAAUUCAACAUCAGCUCCGGCUGGACUCCUCCUUUCAAGCUUGA